CCCGUCUAGUAUCGGAAAAUCCCAUGACUAAAUGUACACACAUCGAAUCUACGUUCGGCUGGACAUUUUCGUGUAAUCCGGCCGUUUUCGACGGAACGAGUGAGGUUCUGCGACGCUAGAGACGGAGAGAAAGAUUUGACAAAGGAAGAGAAGAAGGAAGGAAGGAGGGAAGGAUCGCAGACGAGAUCUCUCGCAACGUUUCAGGCGGUGUAGGCCGCCGUAGGUGCCGUGGAGAAAGGCGGUUAAGAGCGUGCACGUUUUCGUGUAUUAGCGAGAACGCUAGCGUUCUGCACAAGUGACGCCGGCCGCCUUGUGCCUCGGGGAGCCUCGAAGACUCCUAAGGCCCACAGGCAUACGCGCGAUCAAGGUAAGAGGCCCGCAAUGCCAUUCUCAUCGCGGACUGUUCAUCUCGACACAAAAUGAUCAAGUGCGCACCACAUCCCCCGCGAGCAGAAUCACUCCGCGAUUGCUCCGUUUCUCGCCCGAUGCCCCGAGUCCUCACGAUCUUGAUCGCGGUAUAAUGUCGACGUCGCGCGGACCAUAACCUCUCCGCGGGCUUAUUGUUUGAGGUGGUUCCUACGGUGAAACGAGCGUGACGUUCGUUUCGGGACGAAGAUAAAGUAUAGAUAUUCCGAGAUUUGCAAGUUAGGUUAUAAUUCAUUGAAAAUCGACCGCGCGUUGUUACCGCAAUCGAGAUAGCGUGGAUUCAUGGCCAUUUCACAAGAUUCAUAUAUACACACACACAUACAUACACACAGCAUAAGUUUGUUUCGUUUUGAGAAUUAACGUUUUCAGAGAUGUUAUCGGUAUCAUGGCAAAGGUUAAUUCUGCUUGAAGUUAAUUCUGCUUUCGAAGGUAUUUGUUGCUUUCGCUGGACUUUGAAGUAUAUAUUUUGAUAACACAUGUGAUCCAGAGUACUCGUUGAAUUCUCUUUUGCCAGAAGCAGAGAAAAUGAUGUGACAGCAUUAGAAUACUCCAAUUACUUACAGCGCAGCUUUUUUCAUGCUCUCUCAUCUUUCUUCAACUCGCUCCCAACUCCUCCCAGUUUUUCUUUUUCCAUAGGGCCAAAAAAUAUUCUUUCAGGUUGAAAGUUCGUUCGCUCUAGUUUCUAGUGCAAUAACAAAAGUACGGUUUUGUGGUUUAUCGGUACUUUCUUAGUUUGUGUUGUGUUCAAGUUGAAAAGUUCAAAAGUUCCGCGCCCGAGUAAACCUGAACCGGGAAACAGUACGUAUCGUAUAUGUGACGGCAAACAAGUUCGGUUGAUAAGUAAUAAAGUAUCAAAGUUUUUAAUAAAAAGAAGUAAGGAAAAAAGUUGUGAUAUAUAUGUUCGACACGUUAUGGAUCGCGCGCGUUGUGCCAUCAAGAGCGAGCACUGCACAGUCUCUGAUCGACACAGGUAAGCCCUGCGAUGCUACUGAUGCAGAUUUUUCAGCGCUACAUUCGGUCGGUAUCGUCUUUUCAAAAGACUUAAGGCUCCCACCUUCUCGCUGCAGAACUCUCGAUCGACGGUGUCAGAGGCGAGAAAAUACACGAUAAAAUCUUGCUGGAUCACGUCGAAGUGAUGAAAGAAUGUAGCUAUAAAUGUAGCUAAAAUGGGCAUUUGCAAUCGAUCGAAUACAUGCAAAAUAAUCCAUUCUUUCUGCUCUAACUAUUGAGAAAUUACUAUCAGAUUACGUGGCGUGCAAACCCACUUUUUUAACUUACCUUUCCUCACGAUCUUGUCGCGUCAAUUUCACGGUUAUCCAUCAAUUGUUAGGACAGAAGGAAAGUGUUCGGACUAUUUUACACGUAUACUCGAUCGUUCGCAAGUAUUAUUUUAUAAAUAUAUUCUCUAUCUCUGCACAUUUUGCAAGAAUUUUUAGCGUAUAUUUUCUUGCUCUUUUUACAUUAUAAAUCAAGAUGGCCGCGGCGAGGAGUCGGGAACUUUAACUUGUAACAAAUAAGAGAGGAGACCUCAAAAACGUUGUUACAUUUCUAUAAUAUUUCAUAAAAUAAGAAAAAGAAAUAAAAAAAAACAAUGUUCCUGUUCCCGUCCUGCGAGGAGUCGCCCGUCGCCUUUGUUAAUGGAUCUCAUUGUUUUACAGGCUGAUAGAGAUAGUUCAGCAUGUCCGAUUCUGGUUCAGAGAGUACUUCCUCGGAGGGUUAUGACGGAGGUAGAAAUCGAGUCACUGCCAUGGACGAUAUGACGUCGUCGCAUUACUCGCAUCACUCAUCCGGAUCCGGACGUAAGUCGCCGGCGAGCUCGAUCUCCUCUCUAGGGGGAAAGUCUCGCGGGUCGAUGGUGUCCGGCCGGGACUCCAAAUCGCCGAGAUCCACACCGUUCUCGCCCAAGUCGCCGCGAUCCGGACUAAUGUCACCUAGUGAAGAAGGCUCGUCGAGGUCUAUCCGUAGCAUGUCCACCAAGUCACCACCUGCGUCGCCGCCUACGUCACCACCCGCAUCACCACCCGCAUCACCACCCGCGUCACCACCUGCGUCGCCGCCUGCGUCGCCGCCUGCGUCACCGCCCGUGUCACCACCUGCGUCGCCGCCUGCGUCACCACCUGCAUCGCCGCCUGCGUCGCCGCCGGCGUCGCCGAAGUCUUACCGUUCCGGAAACAACUCUCUGGACUCGCCACGAUCGGAUCGCAGCUCGUCUCGCUCACUUGUGCAGGACAAUGGCUCGUGCCUCUCUCCGCCGAAUGACUGCAAGUCCCUGCGUUUCGGCGAUACCGAGUCGAAAACGUCGGACUUCGAGGUCGACCCGCAGCGAUCCGUCGACAACUCGCCCAAAUCGUACUCUUACAAGAACAGCGAGUCUAGACAGAGCUCGCCAAAGUCGCCUAGAUCUGGCCGUAGCUCCGUCAAGUCUCUGAUGUCGCCUAGAAGCUCGCCGAAGUCUUACAAGUCUGGUCCAGCAUCUCCUAUGGACGACCAGGACUCAGACAAGCAUUCGCAUUCGGGUCCUCGGUCGCCUGAGGAAACAAAGAACGGUUCGUUUAACGAAUUGUUGGACGGUGAGCAGAUCUCAGACGGUGAUAUCGAGGACGACCCCGAGCCCACAUCUAAAUCCAAACCUACGCCUAUGACCCAUGGUGAAGAUUUGUCAGAUGUGUCGGAUCUUGAAAGCAUAGAUGGUCUCGAGAGUUCGGGCAAGCAGAACACAGAAGAUGAUAAAGCUAAAGAGCAGGACGACAAGAAGCAAACCAUGAAUGACGAGCAAAGCACGGCAAAGGAAGAAAAAAUUGCUCCUGUUGGCUUAGCAGAGGAAAGCGAACAACUAGACUUUGAAGCCGACGGCCAAUGGAAAGACGAACGUGACGAAGGAGAAACCGAAGUACCAAUUGGGAAAGAUACUAAAGGAAACACGGACAAAGAUAGUAAAGACAAAGAUAAGGACAGAGAUAAGGUGAAGUCGAAAGAGUUGGGUGAAACAAAUGACAAAGAAGAGGGAGAACAUGAAGGAGAGAAAGAGGAGUCUGAGUUGGAGGAAGGCGAACUCAGUGACGGGGACGAUGCACGGCCGGAGGAGACCGAGCCGAGACCCGUGUGUCGUUUCUACAAUCGAGGCCAAUGCACGUGGGGUGUUAGCUGCAGAUUCUUGCACCCUGGCGUGACUGAUAAAGGGAACUAUACGAUGUUCGAUAUGAUAAGGCCCAUGGCGUACCCACCGCAUGCUGCCACGCCGCACGAGUAUCGGUCGCACAUCGACAGAUCGAAUAUGGCACGUUCAUUACCUGGUUACGGUGCUCCUACACAUACAACUAAAGUGGAAGAGACGCCAACGGAGUCUGCAUGGGAACGUGGGUUGCGCCACGCCAAAGAAAUGAUGCGUAAAGCUAACAAACGAAAAGAAUCGGACAUGGAUUUUGAGGAGAAGAAAAUGAACCUGAGUUUAGGGCAAGAUGAGCUCGAUAGAGAGGCUGGCUAUUAUGUUCGAGCCGCUAGUCCUGAGCCGCCAGUUGAGAGAUGGCCACAACGGGAAGCCCCGCGUAGAGUGCCGUCUUCUCGACUCACACCGGACAGGUAUAUUGACGAACCCGAGGGUUAUUACCCGCCACCACCUACGUCAGAUUAUUAUAGGAGAGUUCACUAUAAAGAUCGUCCGGCUGAAUACAGAGAUCGCAUCGAUUAUCAUGCGAUUCCUCGCGGCACACAUUCAGUUUCACCACCGCCACCGCCACCACCACCACCUCCACCGCCACCACACAAUCGUGACCGCGAACGGGAACGAGAACGCGAGCAGCGCGAUAGAGAACGUGAUUAUUACGAGAAGUAUGAAAAGAAACAUAAACGGCCGUCGCGUGAGGUCAUCGUGGAACGUAUACCGCCGACGAAACCUUGGCGGGAAGAAGAGCCACCUCCUGUCGAAGUUAGAGGCAGAGGCGAUGAAUGGGCUGAUCCGUGGAUGCGACGCAAAUCCCCGAGUGCCGUUCGUCGAAAUACGUCGUCCCGACGACCACGCCGACAGUCAUAUUCUUCUGGCUCUUCUUAUUCAUCAACGAGUUCUAGCCGUAGCUCGAGCCGUUCCAGCUACAGUUCUUACGAUUCCCUGUCCAGGUCCCGUUCACCAUCCCCUCCUUCUAGAACCCGAGCUGCUGGCAAAAGCAAAACAGUCGUGAGUUCGCCGCCCUCGAAUCCUUCAGCUGUUGCCACGGCUCCACCUCAACGAGGUGCCAUGUUAAUGAAUCCUCCUGCUCCAUCACCUCGCCCACCGAAAGGUUCUAUCUCUCCUACAACGGGUACGCUGCAUCGACGGGCCGGCUUGAAUCCACCCGCGCCGAGUCCGCUCUCAUCACAUCGUCACCAUGAAAAAGCCAGAGACAAGGCGGCCAUUGCUGCUGCUGCUGUAGCUAAGAUUAUUAAGAGUCGCUCUAGGUCUAGAUCAUCUCGUAGUAGCUCAGGCUCGGAAAGCAGUGGGAGCAGUAGUGACUCGAGCGAAUCGAGCUACUCAUCAUCUUCCAGCGAAACCCGUAGGAGAAAAGGUUCGACACCCCCGAUAACACGCAAAGAUUCCAAGAGCAUGGACGCUCUAAAACUCGGCGGCACUAAACAACAGAUCAAGCUCACGUUGAAACCCACGAGCAACACUACGGCAGUGAAGAAGAUCGACCGUAGUGCGCUGAUGGCGGGUAAAAAGCGAGGACUCGAUUCACCGCCGUUGAUCGACAGCAAAGCGAGUGUAGCUGCCGCGGCUGCCAAGGCCGCCAAGAAGGCGAGCUCGCGACGCGAGGAAUUGCUGAAGCAACUCAAGGCCGUAGAAGACGCGAUUGCGCGUAAACGAUCUAAGGUUUAGAGUCAAUAGAGUAACGACAGCGUACGUUUCUUAAUAUUCUGAUAAAUAUGUACACAUACGUACUAAAUGUUUUGUAGCUGUAUUCUGUAAUUAGCUGUUUUCACAAUAACGAUUAGGCAAGGUAAACAAUUAUGUGAUGCCUGUUGGGUUGUGAUGGAUAUACAUCUUAACGAGUAUUCGCAACUCUUUGAUGAUGUUUGCUUCAACUAAUUGAACUCUGAAACACAAUGUCACUCGUUUUAAGAAAAAACGUCUUAUGAAAGCGUCUUCGUCCAUGGACAUUUGAUGGACUUAUAAAGCAAAUAAGAAAUAUCUUGCUAAAAAUAAGAUGUUUUUUUUGCAUGUGUUGUCUCAUACAUUUGAGAAAAUGUCUAAGAAUAUUUUCGAAAUUGAGAUAUAUAUAUAUAUAUACAUACACAUAUAUAUAUAUACAUAUAUAUGUUUGCAAUUGUUUUAGACACAAUAUUUUGUUGAAUCUUUAGUUAACAGCAGCGAGAGUAAAAAAUUAGAUUUAUAGAAAUUGAGGAUAUUUUAGAAAAUCUGAAUACAUUGUUAUGAAGAAUCUAAUGGGUCAUAAGAUUUUGUAUAUAUAUCCAAAAGCCUUUUCUCAUGUUUCCUUCUCAGAGACGAUAGCUCGACGAUUCGGUGUUAUGGAACAAACAAAUGAAUAACUUGGAGGAGUAAGUGAAAGUUGCGAAUAUUCAUAACUAGUUUAUAUAUACUAGUAUAUAUAUACUAGUAUGUAUAUACUAGUAUGUACAUACUAGUAUAUAUAUACAAAAUUUGGUAUAUAUAUAUAUACAAGACAAGAAACAUAUUCCCAUUUUUACAAUACAGGAAUUACGAUCGCAAAAUACUUAUGUUUUUUCUCAUCUUAAAUUUUUCUUUUUUUUAGAUAGGUUACUUAUAAUUUACAAUAGUAUAUAAUAUUAUAGAAUCAAGCCGCAUCUUCAGUAACACGAGUUUAGUGACAUUCACAAAAGAUUAUUUUUACGUGUAGUAAAAUGUUGAUAACAUCUAUGACAUCGUGAUUAAAAUUGUGUUGAAAAACGAGAGGGAAUAUGCGGCGAAUAAUUAUAGGUAUAUUGCGAAGACGUGAGCAAAUUUCGACUUCGCAUGUAUGUAUGUAUGUGUAUAUGUGUGUGCAUAUCCGUAAUUCGUUUUAUUAAAUAUUCACUUGUCUGAAUUGUCUUAACACCUAUGUAUAGAACGAUUACAACCAUAAUACAAAUUAUAGUGACAUUUCUAAGACCGGUAUUGAUAGUUGCUACUUGAAACUUGCUUCAAGUACCAAGUUUUGAAAGCCAAGUAUCUAGAUUUGAAUAUAGAUGUUAAAUGUGAAUUUUACAUUAUUUGAAAAAAAUUCAAAUGACAAGUUCAUAUAUAACUCUGAAUUCAAAUCUGAAUAUUUUAUUUUCAUAAUACGAGCCUGAAUGAAAAAGCUUGAGAAGAAGUGAUAUUGAUUGACAAAUCAUUUAUCAUAUUUAUAUACAAACGUCUGCUUUACUUUUUUUGAUUUGCGUUCUAAACAAAAGAACCGAAUAUUAUGGACAUAGAGUGAAAUUCGCCAUGGUACCGCGUUAGAAUAAUUUUGCAACAUAUAUAGUUACUAUCAAAUAGUCGUGAGUGGAAGUCAAUACUGUCAAAUAGUCGUGAAUGGAAGUUUACGUUUUACUACAAUUGUAUUAUACAUGGGAAACGUAUGUAGACUGACUGUGACGUUACUUUUCGUGAUGUAAAAGCAAAAAGCUGACUUCACGAAGCGGAACGAUUUGAGAACAUACGCCGUGGUGCUAUCAUUUCCGAUUAGCGGACAAGAAAUUUUAAUUUAGUUUGAUAAAAAAUAAAUUUAUUAUAUUGAAUUCUACGAAUUGCAUAUUUGUACUAUUAUAGUGAUAGUCUUAUAUUCUAGCGAUAUGUCUCCUUCAAGAGACGUUACUUCUUUUGGCAUUCUUUCCUUUCAAAGUGCACGUGAGAUUUCUCGUUUUUAGAUAUGAGAAGUUCUCGAUAUAAUCAGUCAAUGACCAGUGCGAUAUUGAUCUUUCUAAAUAAGCCUAGUAAUAUCAGGGGACUAAUUUCAAGAGAUAGUGUAGAGGGAAAUAUAAUCCUAAAUACAGAAAACUGUGCCACGCGCGAGAAAGGAGGAUUUCGUAAUAGAAAACGUGUGUAUAUAUAUAUAUAUAUAUAUAUAUAUAUACACACACACACACAUAUAUAUAUUUUGUACUUUUUUCCGUGUAUAAAUAUAGUGUGACGAGAUGCGCUAUGCUAAUUUCAUGCCAUGAGCACCAUGUUAACUUAAGAAACGAACGCUUUGUUAAACGACAGACUUUAUUAAAUAUAAGUUACAAAACAAA